AUGGCUCAUCUCCAGUACUACAGUUACGAAGGCGUUGGAACCACCAACCGGGAAAAGUAUUCUUACAGCCAGGCUGUCCGAAUCGGAGACAGAAUAGAAUGCUCUGGCCAGGGUGGUUGGCAUGACGACUUCGUCUUCGAGAAGGAAAUCAAUGCUCAAAUUGACCUUGCUUUUGCCAAUGUUGAGAAGAACCUGAAGAGCGCAGGUGGUAAGGGUUGGUCUCAAGUUUUCAGGGUCAACUCGUACCAUGUGCCUCUAAAUGAUGAGGCCUUGACUGCUAUGGUCAGGAACUUCAAAAAGUAUAUGCCUGACCACCAGCCUCUUUGGACCUGUGUUGGGGUGACGAGACUUGGCGCAGAUGACAUGAGGGUUGAGAUUGAGGUUGUUGCUCACGAUCCGAAGGAUACCACAUCCGCAUAA